AUGCAUGCAGCAGCAACAGUCUCAACAACUGUCAAAAUAAAACCGACAAACCCGCCCCCGUUCAACCCCAGCGACAAAACCGUUACGGUGUCGGCGUGGCUGUUCGGCGUGGAGGUGUUCUUUAAUGCUGCGCAAAUUGCUGACGAUGCUACUCGCAUUAAUUUUGCAGUGUCACUAUUACGAGGACCGGCGUUGGAAUGGUGGAGGCGGACUCUUCAGACAGAGGGGACUCCGGCAGGGCUGUCACGUGCGAACGACGGGACCUGGACAACUGUCACGCAAGGAGCAACUUCAAUCUUCGGAGUGGCCACGAUACGCACAUGGACGGAGUGGGGCGCCGCGCUGCGAGCCAGAUUCGAGCAUGUAUCCGCCUCGGAUUCUGCUCGCAUGAAGCUGCGUACCUGGAAGCAGGUGGCGUCGGUCCAAGAUUACACGGCAACAUUCUGCAAUUUGGCUGACCAGGUGGACGACAUGAGCGAUGCGGAGCGGCUCGACCGUUACGUCGCAGGCCUCAAGUACGAAGUACAGUACGAGGUGCGACGGGCGAGGCCACGCGAUUUCCUCGAUGCCGUCCAGGUGGCCGAAUCUACGGAUGCGCUGAUGCAAUGGGCGAGAAUGAGUUCCCGGGAGGGCACUCAAUUUCGUGGACCGCCGCGCCAGCCCACAAUCAACGGGAAACAGGAACGACGGAGAGGGGUCGGGAAAAGAGACGAGUCAGUAGCAGUCGGGCCACCUACUGACGAGACCCCGUCGCCCGGCAAUCAACAUCCACACCGAGUAGUGGUACCGAUACGGGCUAUCGACCGCAACCGGACGAAUAAGGUGGAUGAACACGUGGAUCACCCUGUGCUGGUCGUGGGGAGGGUUAACGGGUAUAAAAUAAAAUUAUUCGUUGACGGUGGGGCGAGCCACAGUCUCGUCAACCUGGCAACGGCCAAAAAAAUUGGAGUCAAGCUGGACAGGUGUCUGCCCGAGAUUGACGCGCGACUGGUGGACGGGACACCGCUGGCGAUCAAGGACGAGGUCCGACAAAUUCGGAUGAAGUGUGGCGACGAUUUCGGGUUUUCGAUGCGGAUGUUGGCGACAACACUGGACGGUUGCGAUGUGCUGCUGGGACGAGAUUGGCUACAGCGAUUCAAUCCGACGAUCGACUGGACGACGGGAGCAAUCACGGUGGUGUGCAACAAGGGGCGCGUGACACUUCCGAAGUGGGCGAAGCCGGAGCCGAUGACAACACGUGUCAACGCGAUAACACUGAAGCGGGCGAUAAAACGGGGAGCGCAAGGCUACGCCGUACAGCUGUACGAGGUGGUGGCGUCCGAGAAAAUCGCCGACAUUGACACGCUCUGCGCUGCUGUACCCGACGACGUGGCGAGCAUAAUUCGGAGGUAUCCCGAAAUUUUCGCGGAUGACCUGCCUGACGGGCUGCCACCUCAGCGUCCGGAAGACCACAGGAUCGAGCUAGAGCCGGGCGCAAAACCAACUGUUCGGUCACAGUGGCGGCUCAGCCAACCGGAGCUCGACGAGUUGCGGAAACAGCUGGAUUAUCUGCUCUCGAAGGGUUUUAUCCGGCCGAGCACGUCAUCAUACGCCGCCCCGAUACUGUUCACGCCGAAGAAAGACGGAGGCCUGCGCAUGUGCAUCGACUAUCGAGCGCUGAAUCGGAUCACCAUCAAGUCGCGUUACCCGAUUCCGCGAGCGGACGACCUGCUGGAUCAGCUUCGCGGGGCUCGCUUCUUCUCGAAAAUCGAUUUGCGAGGUGGCUACCAUCAAAUUCGCGUGUUCGCCGACGACUGCCCGAAGACUGCGUUUCGAACCCGCUACGGCAGUUACGACUAUACAGUAAUGCCAUUCGGGCUGACGAACGCACCCUCGACCUUCCAGCUCACCAUGAAUGGGGUGUUUCGGGACAUGCUGGACAAGAAGGUGAUAGUUUACCUGGACGACAUCCUGGUGUACAGCAAGACUCGGGAGCAGCAUUUACAGGAUUUGGAGGAAGUGUUCCGGCGCUUGCAGCAGAACCGACUGAUUACUAAGGGCUCUAAGUGCGAGUUCUUACAGCCGGAGCUGGAGUUCCUGGGGCACGUGGUUUCAGGGGAGGGUAUUAAAAUUGACCCUCGAAAAUUAAAAGCGAUUUCGGAGUGGAAGCCGCCCACGAACAUCACGGAGUUGCAGAGUUUCCUCGGCUUCGUUAACUACGUCCGCCGCUUUGUACCGAAUAUGGCGGGGGUAACCAGACCGUUAACCGAUCUUCUGCAUAAGGGCGUGCAGUUUUUGUGGGGGGGGAGAGAGCAGCUGGCCUUCGACGAGCUGAAGAAAAUUUUGAGUUCACCCCCGGUACUUCGCCUGGCAGAUCCAUCUCGACCGUUCGAAGUCGUGACGGACGCCAGCGAUUUCGUCGUCGGCGCUGUGCUACUACAAGACUUCGGCAACGGGCUGCAACCCAUCGCCUACGAGUCAAGGAAAAUGCAGCCGCCCGAGCGCAACUACCCUGUACACGACAAAGAAAUGCUCGCCAUCGUGCAUGCAUUUCGUACCUGGCGCUGCUACCUCACGGGAGCUGACGUCACCAUUCGAACCGACCACAAGUCAUUACAGUACAUGCGCAGCCAACCACAGCUCAACCCGCGACAAAUCCGGUGGCUCGACUACCUCGAGUCAAAUUUCAACUACACCAUCACGUACAAAAAGGGCGCCAACAACAUCGCCGACGCCCUGACACGACCAUCGAUGCAGACCGCAGCAGUACUAAUCGCCCACUGUAACCCUUUAUUGGCAGGAUUAUUCAAGCACGUCUACAAGAUCGACAGGUUCUUCAGGACCAACCAACACCAACGGGUCACCACAGCGCAUGGGAGCUACUACCUAAAAGUCGGCACCAACCGAGUUUGGGUUCCAUCCUACCGACCCCUCCGAGAAUUGCUAACGCAGGAGGUACACGACUCCAACCUCUCCGGGCAUUUCGGCAUCGACAAAACGUUGAAGCUGCUGCAGCGGAAUUACUACUGGCCCGACAUGGCGUCGGACGUGCAGCGCUACGUGUCCGCCUGCCCGACCUGCCAGGCAAUGAAAUCAUCGCGCCAACGCCCAGCUGGAUUGCUGCAGCCCCUCGAGCCACCCGAACGACCGUGGCAACAGGUGACAAUGGAUUUCGUCACGGGACUGCCAGCUGGCGCAAGUGGCAACGAUUCGGUUCUCGUCGUCGUCGACCGCUUAACGAAAAUGGCGCAUUUCGCACCAUGCCGCACGACGAUCACGGCCGAAGAAACAGCGAAGCUUUUCAUCGCGACCGUUGUACGCCUACACGGGUUACCUUCGGCGAUCAUCAGCGAUCGAGAUCCGAAAUUUACGUCGAAGUUCUGGCAGGAGACGUGGGCACAGUACGGCACCCGCCUGCAGUUUUCGUCGUCAUACCACCCGCAAACCGACGGACAAACAGAGAGGACAAAUCAGACGAUGGAGCAGUUGAUUCGCACGAACUGCCCCGAUAUCACCAAGUGGGAAGAUUCGCUCCCCAUGCUCAAGUUUGCCUACAACAACGCCCCUUCUGCUACGACAAAUCAGUCGCCGUUCUACCUCAAUUAUGGGAUAGAUCCCGUGGUACCCUCAUCAACGACUCCUGAAAAUCCGGUACCACGGUCGCAGCAGUUUCGGAACUCCAGGCAGCACGCGACAAGGCAGCAGAGUUUAUUCGGAGAGCUAAUACUGCCGCCAGCCGCUAUGCUGACCGACAUCGACGGAAUUUACCCUUCCGUGCCGGGCAGAUGGUCCUCCUGGACACGAAGAAUCUUCGACUGCCCCAACCCGCAAAACUGCGUCCCCGCUACGUGGGACCGUUCCGCGUUAUUCGGAUGCUGA